UUUCAAUUAUGGCCGCCAGAUGAUCGCUAAUGUUUAAGUGUUGUGGAGUCGUUCCUUUACUUUGGAAAACUUUAGAUAAGGUUGUCGUGGGAGAGAAAAGUGAUGGUGGAUUGAGAGACAUUCUUAAUCUAUCUGCGGACAUGUAUUAUUCCGUGCAAGUCGGUGAUACCGUUUUUACUGUGUUGAAACGGUACCGCAAUCUUCAGAUUAUUGGUUCUGGAGCGCAAGGAAUGGUGUGGUAAGUUGUCUAAACAUUCCUAAUCUGACCCUUAUUCUUCCAUGAGACGUAUCCAGGUUCCAAGAGGUAUUUCCUAGAUUUUUUCAGUUUUUAUUGUACUAAAAAUACUUUAGGUCGACAGAUGAAUUCGUGGUCGCAGGUUUUAACAAGCUUACAUGAACAACCCGGCAGAUAAUUGGAUAUGUUAUUUAUUGUGGACACUGUCUUAAUAAUUUAUUCUUGAAUGUAAAAUAUUUCUUCGAUGGUGACGAUUUCCAAUUUCUUUGUAGAAGAUUUGGUCCCAAAGUUUCAUUUGUGUUAUCGAAACCGGUGCUCGAAAGUAGAUGUGAAAUCGUUGCACUUUCGGGGAUUUACCCGGCUCUUACGAAACCUUGACCUACUCGGGUAGAUUCCCCCUUAUUGUCUAUACCGGAAAUCCUAAACAAUCUCGUUGAUUUCGCCAAAUCAUCGUUUUCAUUUGAAGCCUUGAGUUGUGGUUAAGGGCAGAAUGGUUAUGAUUUUGAGCGAAGAAGGAAUUCACGUGAAGGACUGUAACGAAGUUUUUAGAAUUGCACUCGUUUUAUAUGAAAAAUCUUAGAAUACUCUGGUUCUGGUUGUCGUAUUGUUUUGGAAUUUAUCAGGUCAUAUUAACCAAUCUAGUUACUUAACGCUGUUUUUGAAACGCUUAACCUUUUCUUAUAAAUUUAUGGCUUUGUUGUCUUUUGCAAAUAUUGCAAUGCACUCGAAAAUAUGAUGAACGGCUCUGGUGUGUUUCGCGGAGUUUGGAUUUUAAUGUGAGAUCCUAAGUUAUCCCUUAAACUUCCAUUAGUGACCAAGAUAGAAUUUCUUUUCACAAUAUUGUAGAGAAUAAUACUUGAGAAUGCAUAGAUAUGGAAUUUCUCUCAGAGUGUGGUGAACAAGUGAGAUGUUGAGUUGAAUGUGAGAAGAGAAAUUCCACAUUUACCAGCAACCAUUUAUUAUCUGGUUUAUUAUAUAAACACAGCAGCCCUUUACUGAGAAGAAAAGUCAACUUUCUUAACGAAGGAAAAAAUUAAGAUCCAUAAUCCCCACAAAAAAGUCAGAAAGUGCAUUGGCAAUAGGGUUCAAGAUAAAAAAAAUUGCAUUUAAUCUUUUUAAAAACAAUCAAUGGGCACAAUUUUCAAUUUACAAGAAUUCUCAGUUGUUGAGUUUUUCCUUACCCACAGAAGAAAUAUUUUCAGGUACACCCCCAAACUCGGCCUGUGGCAAAACUUCUAGUUGUCGAUUUUACACUCUCAGCCACGAGAAAUGCCUAUACUGAAGCCACUGAAUGCAGAACUCUCAUUUUUUCUUUUCGUAUUUAGAUUUUAUUCCCCUUCUAAGAAAUUUUGUACAUCACUGUUAAUAAGCAUACAAACUUUUCAGUGUUUUAGCAGCCAUAAUUGGAGAAAAUUUAGACAAAUGACCUUGGACUGAGAAUGGUGAAGGUUUUGCCAUUCAUUCAUCCAUGUGAUAUAGUGGCGCAAAAGCAAGUGACGCGUUUGCAGGUGGAGAAAUAUUUUUUUUCUGUUAUGUCAUGAGUGUGGGACAAAGAAAAAAUUGUGAGUCCCAAUGAGGAAUCAAAUCUCAGACCUUCGGAUUCUGCACUCCAAUGCUCUACCACUGAGCCAUAGUGACUCCACAGUGAGUGAGGUCUAUUACAAAGUUCAUAUGACAUGUGUCCUGCAUACUGUUAGGAUCAGCAAUGUUGAUAGCAUAAUGUUUGUAGAUAGAAAUAAGAGAGAUGGUAAGUUUUGAGCGAAUUUUCAGGUGAUUGGCAAUAUAAAACACAUUUGAAAAAUAAUUGAAUUUUUUCACUUUGUUGUUACAGUUUUUCUAAGGGCCGGAAAUCCUUGCAUAGCACCAUUAUGAGUUUACAUGAUAAAAUACAGUAUCAAGCAGACAAGUGAUGAGAAUAAAGAAAAAGAUCAAUCAGGGGAUUAUUGUUUGAUCCAAUAGCAAAGUCUCCAAACUAAAAUUAAAGAACUGUAUGGAAGACAGUAAAGAGAAUUACUGAUGAGGUCUUUGGAAAUAUUUUUUACAAGGGUAACCUUCUUAUAAAUUUGUGGCUUUGUUUUCUUUUCCAAAUAAUGCAAUACACAUUAAAAAGUGAUGAAAACAUUAGUGGUGUGUUAAUAUCCUGUGGAGAUUCUUACUUAACCCUUAAACUCACAGAAGUGAUUAACAUGUAACUUUCCCCUAUAGUAUCCACACAUUAUCCUGCAAAAGGGUAAUGAGAAAACUUAAACUCAUCAGGUAGAAAAAGGUUAUCUUGAUGACCAAAUCCUUAAACUCAUCAGGUUUAGCAGCUUUGUUAUCUUGAUCCCCACAAACAAAUUUCUCCUUACAAUAUCCCUACAAUAUCAACCAGAUAACUGAUGAAAAAUUAAGAAAAAGAAUUGUAUGGUUGACAGAAAGGAGAAAUACAAAUUUGAUGUGGGAGUUAAAGGGUUAACAAUCAGAUCAUACGAGUUAAAGGAUUAAGUGAAACAUUUUAAGCAGCUGGUAUUCAUCAUGGACAUCAAGCAAGAAAAUUUUUCUUCACUCUAGUAACAUGAAAAAAUUUCAAGAAAAUCCUUUCAUAUGGUUAACAUAGGGACAGUACAAACUAUAUCAAGGAAGUGGCCAUUGUAUAGAGGUUUUCAUUUUGACAGAGCUGGAAAUAAUGGUUAGUCAAAUAUAGGUUUUGUCUGGUGAACUCCUCAGAUGUCCAAUGAAUUUGCCUGGUUUUUUAUGAGUAUGAAGAAAAAAUUUAACUCUAAGCUAAGUUCAGGUUUUACAUAUUUCAAAGAUUCAACAUUAUUCAUGUUCUUGAAUCAUGUACAUCAAAUUUAUUAUUAUACAAACUUGAGACUGUCUUGCAGAAGACAUGAAAUGAUUUGUAACAUAACAUAGUCAUGUCCACUUUAAUUUAAUUAGUUUCUCUGUGAAACCUGUGUGUUUGGGCUGAAAUCUAUAGCAUUUUAUAUGACUUGCACACAAACAGGUUGGUCUCUUUAUCUCCUUGAUGUAUUUAAGACUUUUAAAGAAACCUGUGCCAACUCUUUUGGGGUGCUUAGCUCAACACAUCUCAUAGCAACAUCUUCCUGACAUGCUUCACGUGUUUUUACUCAAUAUGUUUCAGCUCAGCGUUAGACUCUACCACAGGAGAGAAGGUUGCUAUAAAAAAACUGAGCCGACCAUUUCAAAAUGUCACACAUGCCAAGAGAGCUUUUCGAGAACUGGUGCUGUUGAAGAUGGUCAACCACAAGAAUGUAAGUUUGAUUAAGAACUUACAUUUUGAACUUAAGUCCAGUGUCACACAAAGUUUAGUACAUUGGCACCUUAUUUGAUGGUUCAACAUGUAAUAUUUUGCAAGUUGCAUCAUACUUCUCUGAGCUCCAUAUGGCCAUGGAAAGUACAAGCAGUGAGUAAAAUGUGCAGCUGUAUUAGAUGUCAAAUCAGCGAUGAAAGGAGUCAUUAUUCCACUAUUAAUAAUCAUAAUUUCAUUUUUAAUACAUUGGAUUCCAAUUUUUUAAAUAAAUUGUAUCACAUUUCCUUUGAUCUUACAACAUAAUAUGAUUUAAUAAAUCAGUCACCAUGCCAACAAGGAAGGAAGGGUUGUUGCCUUUACUGUGACAGGUUCAUUUCACUGCUUCAAUUCACUGAUCAGUUGGUGUGUUUUUGUGGGCAGAUUAUUGGUCUCCUGAAUGUUUUCACCCCAGACAGAUCAUAUGAAGAGUUUCAGGACCUGUGAGUAAACAUGUGCUUUUCAAAUAUUACAAGCACUGUACGACAUUGGUCUACUUGAAAUUAUAAUUGUCAUUAACAAACAUCAUGCAUACUGGCAAGAAAUAGGUUGCUACUGACAUUACCUAAUUCUUACAUAGCCCCACGCAAAAACGCUAACUUAAUUGGGUAGAAACACAACGUUAGGAUAGAAGUACAAUAGAAAGAUAAACAACUGAAUAGGAUGUAAAAUUAUUUCACAGUUGUUGACAAUAAAUAGAAAUGCAAAUUCUAGUUGCUACUAUAACAGUGAUAUUUCAUAAUAGUAAUCAUCAUAAUAAAGUUAAUUGUAACUUGAAGAAAAGAAGAUUUUUCAUCGAAAUUCAGCUCUGGAAGAAAUGAUAAUUAAUUUUUAAUUGAAAUAGAGAAUACCUGGCUACUUUUUGUGGAAAAAUUGUCUCCUCUAAUUUGGUCACCAGAUAUUUAGUGACAGAAUUGAUGGAUGCCAGUCUUGUCCAAGUCAUUCAAAUGGAUUUGGAUCAUGAAAGGCUUUCAUAUCUUAUGUACCAGAUGCUGUGUGGCGUAAAGGUGAGAUUCACAUACUACACUACACUACUAUCCAGCAAUUAUUUUUGAAAAAUGUUAUUGACAAAUAUCAGCAAAAAGUUGCCAUCUACUUCACAGGAACUUGCUAAGCACUAAUUUGUCCUUCAAAUUACCCCAAAUUUUACAAAAACAAAAGAGAAACACUUGCAUUUUCAUUUGUUCAUGGAAAACAAAAGAAUCUGGUAUGAAUCCUGAAUUCUGUGUUUUCCUGUUGUUUGAUCCCUUACACAUCUGAUCAAAACACAUUUGCCAAGCAACCUUGCAUUUACUCAAAACCAUGAGGUCUUAAAGCGAAAGCAGCACAAUAUGUGUGCAAAUGUCUAUGAGCUUUCAACAUCAUAUGAUGUAAUGGCCCUUGCAAAUCCCUUCACAGCUUACUCCUGGAGUUUUGCCACCUACCAAAGUGGCCAUUGAAACAAUACCUUCCUCUCCUGUUCAGAAUGUCACACAAAUCAUAAAAGAACAAAACAGUACAGCUAGAGAUCUCAGGAGAUGUAAAGAUGUCACUGUCACACUCACUUGUAGCUUGUGUGAUACUUUCUUGUUCUCAGUGUAUUACUUUGUGAAAUAUUUGUCAUAUUACUGAUUAGAAGCCUAGCAAUAUGAAAUAUUUUUUAUGAGUAUUUAUCAUGCCCCAGUUCCUUGGCACUUUGUUGUGGUGGGUGGUUCUGUAUCUGAUACAUACUUGAGUCACCCUUUUUUUUAAACUCUUUUAGCUUACUCAUACAUACAAGUCAGAGUCUUAAGUUGUCGAUACCUAGGUGCCGCCAUUGCAAUGAACCCUUUUGCACCCUAUGAUCAGUAUCCAUAUUCUUUAUACUCUUUUCAAUACAUUUUCCUUGGUACAGAAAAGGAGAAUUUGUUCAGUAAUCAAAGGUUUUUAGCUUGCUGAUCAUUUCUCUUGUUCUCAUGUGUUAAUGAAUUAUUCAGCAGUGUUACUGUAAGGAGAAAUUAGAUACUGGUCACUCCUAGAGUUUCAUGUGUAAUGAGGAGUGACUGAGAAAAUCACUAACUGAUAUAUUCACUUAGAAUUUGCAUACUACGCCAAAGUUUGUUUAAAUGUUUGUGUGGUAAAACCCAAGUAAAAAUGUUUUGUGGAGUACAAAGUACAUUGAAGUCUCAAGAGUGAUCACACAGUGCCUUUUAUUUCUUUUCUUUUAGCACCUACAUGAUGCAGGCAUCAUUCACAGGGUAUGUUCUUUGAUAGCAUGUUGCUGUUAAUAAAAGAAAAAAAAAAGAAAAAAGAAAAGAAGCAAAACCUAGUGACUUAAUCAAAUGUUCAAUGCCAACUAAAAAAUCACAUGACUAUAUCAAUAAUGAUAUCUAAUUAACAGCAAGGAAAUUAUUUGUCGUAAAUAAUAACUGAACUUGAAUGAUAAUAAAUAAAUGCCUUUUUAAAAUCAACAUUGAAGUGAGACUUCUCACAUUUGCAGGACCUCAAGCCAAGUAACAUUGUCGUUAAGUCAGAUUGUUCACUGAAGGUACAGUUGAUGACUAGCAAAAGUAUGUUUAUAACCUCUGGGUGGAAAUGGUUUUAGUGAACUAAUCUAUUGUACAAAGGUGAUAAGUUUUUAAAGAAACUGUGGUACUACAUCCAUGGGAGAGUAUAACAGGGUAAUUUGGUAUUAUCAACUGAGUUGAUAAGUUAUAAUGUAAUGCGAAUUGGCCACUGUAAAGAGUCUUUAAAGCUGACAUUUCCCAGCAUUAUCCCCUUGUCAGAGCCAUUUGCUAUGAUGAAGGGCUAACAAUUGAAGUGUCAGCUUUGGCCAGAUUAUUUUAUCAUUUCAGUAAAAAAUACCAAAUUACCCUAAUUUAUUGUACAUGUGCAUAAGUUUGUAAUAUUAUGGAAAAAUUCCCAAUGUUAAAUGUCUUAAAUAUUAAUCAGAUACUUGACUUUGGACUGGCACGUACUGCUGGUGCAGCAUUCAUGAUGACGCCAUAUGUAGUGACACGGUACUACAGGGCUCCAGAAGUUAUCUUAGGCAUGGGUUACAGUGAGAAUGUGGAUGUGUGGUCUGUUGGCUGUAUACUGGGUGAGAUGAUCCGUGGAAGUGUUAUGUUUCCUGGAACUGAUCGUAUCUUUUUCAUGAUAACUAUAUUUUGUGUAACUAGGUUAGUAUUUUAUCUUUUCAACACUUCAAAGAAUCAUCGAAUACAUUGAGCACUACUGUGUAAAUGUAAAAUUUUUAAGUGGAAGAUGAUGCAGUGGUCCGUUAAGAUAUUUUUUUAAUUUGGCUCAAAGCCAAUAUAUUUUUUUUGUACACAAACUUGAGCUAAAGUAGGGUGAAAUUUUUGCCCUAGAAGAGAGUUUAGUUAAUAAUUGUGAACUUUUGAACAUUACACAUUAAAUUUCUACCCUCAAUGGCACAAUACCAUUUGGGGUUGUGUUUACUUGAAUUGUACAAUGAACUGAGUUUUCAGGCCAUGGUAAAGAAUAGUUUUGAAUUUAACUUUGAUAUUUUUGUAGUUCUUAAGGUAGGGUGUUCUCAGGCAAAUUACUUUCCAAUCACUCUCACUGUCCCUCUCCACCCAGGAGUAAAAAUGGGUACUAGGAAAUUGUCAGGGAGGUUACCUUGCAAGGGACAAACAUCCCAUCCAGGGGGAUGAAGCAACACUCCUAGUCACUUUGUGCUAUGGAAACUUGGAUAAGCUGUGGCUGGGUGCACCUCUUGGCUUGAGCAUAGACUUGACCUUCCUAUCUACCUCAGGUAGAUUAAUACUGAAUUUCCCCCCAUCUCCUCAUAUCCUGCUUCAAGUCCAAGAGAUCUGAGAUACAUUUAGAUUGCAAUGUUUUCUGUCCUCCCAGCACUUUUUAGAUUCCAUACCAUUGGUUUAAGUAGUUGACAACUUACAGUAUACAUGUGCUAUGUAAAUUAACAUCAUAAAUUGUGUUAGACUCCUUUACCAGCUGGUUUAGACAUUGAUCAGUGGAACAAGGUCACUGAGCUUCUUGGCACACCGUCAGAGUCCUUCCUCAGCCAGCUACAACCAUCAGUAAGAAAUCUGAGUAAACAAUGACUUGUUUUGUAUAUAUAAUUAGAAAGAUGGUAAGUUUUAAGCUCAGUAAAGAUGUAAACAAAGAUGUUUUUAUUUCUUAUUUUCUAUUUCUUACCAAGCUUAAAACUUACUAUCUUUCUAAUGCUAUAUUCAAAACAUGACACUAUCGACAUUGCUGAUUCUAGCAGUAUACAGGAUGUGCGUUACGCAUGAACUUUGUAAGGAUUUUUCUCACCAUAGAGUCUCUGUGGCUCAGUGGCAGUGGUAGAGCAUGGGGAACUUCUCACUUGUGCCAAGACAAAAAACAUCUUUUUCCCAAUAAAAUGUUUAUAAGUUCAAUAGUUUGUCAUUACAUAGAAUGUUUAGAUUCAGCAUAUCUUGUUUCCAUUACUAGUUCCAAGUGUCUCCUGUGCUUUUCUUGUGAACACAUUCAAAGGAACACAACAGCCUGCGACAUAUUUGCUGAACAGUGGUCACCAAAUCGGUGACUUCUAAUCAGUUCCCCAAACCUUUAUCCUCUUGCCUCGGCAAAAACUCAUUCAAAUGAUUGGUGUGGCUGUUACACCAUGUAUUCUUCAUCAGAGUAAAUGGUCACUAGGAAAUUUGAUUUGAGCAACAUGGCCUAUCCACAGUGUAUGUGUAUGAGCUUGGUCAUCAUUCAUAGUUUCUCACAGCCACAACCUUUUUGAUACAAAACCUGGUGAGGGAGGAAAACCAGGACACCUCGAGAAGAAUCAUAUUAGAACUGGAUAACAUAGCUUAUACAUUUAAUUAGGUUUUAGUAGAAACUGGCUUAGACUGAUGCAUUGAGCUCUGACUCCACCUUGUUUUUUGUUAGGUGAGAAUGUACUGUUCAAGUCGUCCUAAGCAGCCAGGAUUCAGUUUUGAUGAUCUUUUCCCAGAUGAUUUGUUUCCACCUGGGAACAAGACUAAAGGUGAAUUCUAAACAAUAUUCCGUUGAACAUGCUAUUUUCUUUCUUCUGACUGGCCACAGUUUUUACUUUGGUUUUACAGCACCAUUAUCUUUGUCAAGAAACAUGUUAUCAAUAGUAUUGGUUAUACCAUAUAAUGUUACUACUUAUUUUUCUUCUUUUUUUUUUGUCAGAAUUUUAUUGGGUUGCUUUUAGUUUGUGUACAUAUUGGCAUAUGUAAAUGAAUAUAUGCACAUAAACAGUAUUAAAAUUAUUAUUAUAAUUAUUAUUACUAUUUAAUAUUAUCAUUUUAUUAUUAUAAUUAUUAUUUUUAUUAUUAUUUUUAUUUACUAUUACUAUUAUUAUUAUUCAUUGAAAAGUGCUCUAACAGGAAAGCCUAACAGAAAAGGCUGUGUUUCCCAUUUGGAUUGUCGAAAAACUUAAUGAAAAAACCAAUUGGAUUCCUCUCGUUUUCUACUCAUUGAUUUUGUUUUUCUGGCCUGUUGAUAUUUCAGCCGAUGAAUGUCGCGAUCUUUUGUCAAAGAUGCUUGUAGUUGACAGGUCAAAGCGGAUAUCAGUCAUUGAAGCCUUGCACCAUCCUUAUAUUCAUGUUUGGUACGAGAGAAGUGAAGUGGAAUCGGUUAGUACUAAACAGCAGUGUAGAUAUCAUGUUUUAUGAGGGAGCAGUUUAGGAUGACCAUCAUGUUAGAAUGAAGGACAUUAUCAAUAAAAUAUAUUAAUCAAUUGGGGGAUAUUGUCUUGAUGUGACAUUAAAUUUUCAAGACUAGUCAACAAAGACAUGUUUGGAAGUUAAUUGAAAGAAUGAAAUGUCAACUAGUGAUUUUAAAGGGUGAGGUGUUGUGGCAAAUCUGGGAUAACAGACGAAGGGCUCUGACAAAGCGGGGUAUGUGGUACCUUCCACCGACGUAGCACCACAGUUUCCUGAGAAACUUACCCUACUGUCAUCCUAUUUUCCAACAGACAAUACCCAAUAAAUAUGAUCAUUCGGUGGAUGAGAAGGAACUAACAGUUGAAGACUGGAAACGUGAGUUAAAUACGUAGUCAUGGUAUGGUAACCUUUGACCCUGCAGGCACUAUUCUGACUGUCACUUGAAACUUCGAGAAUUGUUGAGAUGAUUUAAUUUAACUCUUUUGAUAAAAUUCGCCUGUCGAAAUCUGUUAGGUUAUCUGCCAACUUGUUUGGCUGUCUUUUGGUUUAAUGUACUCGGGUCCAUGCCAAUCAGUGUGUUUGUCAUACGGUCUGUCCGUCUGUCGGCAUUCUAUCGGUCCGUCUGUAUAUCAGUUGGCUGUCUUGUCUCUCAGUAAAUCAGUAAAUGUUUUUUUUUUUCUCAGUUUUUUAAUAGUACACCAUGUAAAACAUGUGAUGUAUUUAAGAUAUUGAACUUGCAACGUUUUUUCCAGCUGGUUUUUUGACACAACAUAGUGUUUAUCUUCAUGUUUGUCUGAAAAUAAACCGAUAUCUACAGCUUCAUUGUAGUCAAACCUCUCUUGCACAAUCUUCAUUAUUACAUUUGCCAGACAAUGCGUUCCUAUUGUAUGGAGAAUUAAGCUUUUAAUCUGUUUGAUUGCAGGAACAAUUUACCAGGAAGUAAUUUCUUACAAUAACACAAACGACACUCCACCAGUUGUGGAGGGAAAUGGGGAGAUCAACGCUUCAUCAUCCAGUUCUAGUAUUUCAUCAGGUAAUGUUACCUUCUUUGAGCGCGAUAGUAAACAGGGCUUUAGUAGCGGAGGAGUGAAAAAACGGGUGAGGUUUGGGUCGGAUCGGGUCGGGUCGGGUCGUAACCGUUCCAAACCUCCCUCGUUUUCGCUACGCCAUUCGUUUACAUUUCGCUAAGUUAUACUGUCUUAAUGCAAGGAACAUGCUAAUACUCUGGAAAACAAAGUGUCUAGAUGCUGCAGGACAAGUGACGCAAAAGGAACGUCUUGCUCUUUUUUGACAACGGUCAAAAGUUGUGUGGUAAUGUCCAUAAUUCAGGAUAACACAAUUUUCAUUUGUUGGUCAAUUUGACGUGAGGCAAACAAAAAUUUUAGUGCACUUUAUUAAAAUGCGCUGCAUUGUGAUCAUAAAAGUCUUAAGUUUAAAAACCAAAAUCUCUCCUUGAGACUGGCUCUGCUAAAUUUAUUUAUGUUGAAGCGUGACGCACGAUAGAUAAGCUUAUAAGUAAUGAAACUCAUAAAAACAGUAAACUAAGAUUAAAUUUAACCAAUUUUUUCUGUAAGAAGUGGCUAAAGAAGUAAUAAACAAAAUUGACAAAGUUCCGUAAAGUCACAUAAAGCCAGGCUAUUUAAUAGCUCCUCUAUUCCUGUGACACGAAAUACAUCAAGUCAUUCUUAACUGGGAAGUUUUGACAUCAUUACGUUGGGUUUCAUAUCACGAACCUAAUCAAAAGCCAAAGAGAUGGAGAAAUCGCUUGACAUUAAAGCUCUAUCAUUUGCUAAUCACUUUUGGGGGAAAAAUGCCGUCAAAACUGUCGUGACAUUCUGUCAAAAUCUUUAAGAGUGGCAACGGUACAUUGUGCUUUACUGUAAAAUGUAUAAUCGUAAAUUUUAGGAAUAGAAAGUUCCAAAAAGAAAGCGAAACGUAAAAAACGAGAAGUACAGACAGGAGGUGGAACUUUAGGCUCAAGGUUAGUGAAUUAAAAUGAGCGGUAAGAAAUGAUAAAUAAACAUAAACUUACUCUCGUACCGUUGGCACUCGGUUUGUAGUGUAUGACUUGUGUUAAAUGUCAGGAAAACUAAGCAACAGGAGUAAAAAGAAAUACCAUAAUUUUUCUGUAAAUCAGCGCAACAGACGCUUAUAAAUAUAACUGCUCUAGGAAUAACUCCGGCCCAGAAGUAACUAAAGGUUAAUUUAAAGAUGAAAUGUUUUAGUUUAUGUAAUAGGGUUUAGUUGGAAUUGCGUCAACGUUAUCUGUUUGUGUCCCUUGUUUUCACAACACAAGGCUGUCUUUUGGCGUUUUGGUCACCUCAAAUGCUUUGACACGAGAGCUCUGGGACAAUCAGCGUACCUAGGGAAAUGAAAUUUCUUUUUAUAACAAACAUUCCGCUAACCACCGGAAUUUGUAUGCACACAGCUUAGUUGGAAAAAAUAUUCCUAUUUAAUACAAUGACUUGCAGCUGUUUUUAGGGACUUUCUUUCGCUCUGACGAAGAGCUAACGCUUAAGACAUCAGUUUUGGCAAGUUACAUCAUCAACUCAGUUGAUAAAAUCAGAUUAUCUUGUUAUACAUCCCACUGACGAAGCACCAAAGUUUCUAAUCUUUAGUAUUAGUUUUGAAGGACUGUUGCUAAAAAUGAUGCUAUAAAUUGCCAGAUCAUUUGAAGCGAAGAAGAAACGCGAAACAACUUUGUUGAAACAUGGGCCGUGAAGGGUGCAGCCUUCUGAAUGAUAUUGUUUCUAUGUGAUUUGGUAAUAAUUCGCACCGUGUACAAGGCCGUCAUUUGUUCUCUUAUAAACUAAGAAAAUUGAAUCCUUUUCUCUUUGCUGCCUUUUCUUUUUCUAGAAUCAGACAGAUGAUAAGAGGAGAUGAAUACUAAUCCUGAUUAGUGGAUGGAUUAGAUAUUUGACUGGUAAUACCACAGCCAGAAAACGUCGAAUGAUGUGGUGCGUUGUUGCCAUCGACAACGUGAAUUUAGAACACUAAUGAACAAUUCGUGCAGUUCUAUAAAAUUUUGAUAAAAAGUGUGCAUGUUCAUGUACUUUAAAUAUUGUACGUGCGCAUUCUAAGUGGAUCAAUAACAGUUAUUUUGACUGGUAGGACCAGUUUGAUUGUGAAUUCCGAUGGGUAGGGUCAGUUAAGGGAGUUGUGCACUUCUUGAUAUGGGAAAUCAUUACACCGAAGAGAGAAGGUCCUGCGACCAAUGAAAUAGAAAUACUGAAGAUAUUAUACAAGAGAAAAUAUGGGUUAUAUCCUGAGGUAGUACUUGUAAUUUAGUAUUCAAAAAAGGUUCAUAAAUACUUAAUUUUGAGUUUAAUAGAUAUAGCUUUAUUUCGUCCUAGUUAAAGAAAGAAGCUGAUUGUGUUAGCAUGCAUUAUGGAAGAAACCUUUAGUGCUUUAGCUGAAAUUGUAAUUUUCGAAACGCUUCACAUUGUUCAUUGCAAAUCGCCGUUUAAGUUGCUUUCUGUCUGGAGGUUUGUUAAUGAAAAUCGAGCAAUAUGAUUGCAAGGAGGGAAAAGUAGACAUUUGUGUAAGAUUGCACUAAAUACUUUCUUCGUGCCAUUUGGAUUCGUGUUUGCGUCAUCAAACACACUUUGCUUUUCGAUUGAUGGAAACCUGUUAAGAAUAGUCUUUUAUGGCGGAGAAAUACUUUAGAGUUGCAAGAAAGUAAGAUUAACUUACCUCUAGAACGAAUGAAAAAAAAAAGCUUGAAAAAGUCUGAGAUAAUUUUUUUUCCAAGAUACACAUUGCAGUAGCUGUUUUUUUUCAAGUGUUAGCCAAAUUAGGUUGUAUUUAUUUUAUUUUUUUUUAGUUAGAAAAGAGCAUGUUAUUAUUAUUUUUUUUUUGUUUGUUUGUUUUUUUUUUGUUCAUAUUAGAGAUGAAUUCCGUUUGGAGUAGUUUUAAAUAAUAAGGUGUUAACACAGUGUAGUCUACAAGUGUCCAGGUCAGCUCAAGGGGGAGGGGAGGGGCAGGAGGGAAAGUGCAGAAGGACUAACGACCGAGACGUUUAGUUGCCAGAAACAGGCGUGUGAUUUAACGGUGGAAAAAGGCAUGGUAGGUUUGUUCUCUCAUUAGUUAGGACUUGCGUCUUAACCUUUCCAUCCAAAC